UCCAUUUAACUCAAUUAAUGCACAUGAUAUAUUAAUAUAAUCAUAAGUUUAAUGCAUUUAUAUCCUUAUGACUAAGUGUCUUACUUCUUUAGCAAAGAUUAUCUAAAGAGUUUGAUUAGUGCUUCAUAAACACGCGGUGCGUGACGUUGAGUGUCUGGGGGGUGGCGCGAGCCGGAGGAGCCUCUGUCGCCUCGCGCGGAGUCGGAGUCGCCGGCCGCAAGCGCGGGGCAUGGUCCCCUCUUAAAGGCGCAGGUCGCGGAGGUGCGGGCGGGCGCGCGGAACAAAGCGCUGGCGCCAGGCCUGCGGGCGGCUCGGGAGCCGCGAUGGGCGCGGCGGGCUCGCGGCGGCCUCGCCCUGGCCGGGCCUGGUGGCCCUAGGGCAGGCUGGCCUCCGCAGGCAGGGGCGGCGGGCGGAGGGACGCGGGCAUGGCCUCGCUCAGCACGCUGCUCGGGCUCGUGCUGGGCUUCGUGCUGGGCUUCUUGCUGGCCUCGUGGCUUGUCCUGCCCCGCGCCUGGGAGCUGAAGCGUGUGGGCCCGCGGCGGCGUCCCAGUCCCGAGGGAUGCCGGCCAGGGCAGUCGGCGCUGCCGCUCGGAGGUGCACGAGGCGCUGCGCGCGGGGCUCAGCUCUGGCCGCAUAGCUCGGCCACGGAGGGCGUCUCGCGUGACAGGAACUUUCUCUUCGUGGGAAGAUACCUACAGACCUGCGCCGUGGCCGCCUACAGAACAUGGUCCAAGACAAUUCCUGGGAAAGUUGAGUUCUUCUCUAGCGAAGGCUCAGAUACAACUAUACCUAUUCCAAUAGUGCCCCUGCGGGGUGUGGAUGACCCCUAUCCGCCCCAGAAGAAGUCUUUCAUGAUGCUCAAGUUCAUGCAUGGCCACUACUUGGACAAAUACGAAUGGUUUAUGAGAGCAGAUGAUGACGUUUACAUCAAAGGAGAUCGUCUGGAGAGUUUUCUGAGGAGUCUGAAUAGCAGUGAGCCCCUCUUUCUCGGGCAGACGGGACUGGGCACCACAGAAGAGAUGGGGAAGCUGGCCCUUGAGCCUGGAGAGAACUUUUGCAUGGGAGGGCCUGGUGUGAUUCUGAGCUGGGAGGUGCUUCGGAGAAUGGCACCACACAUUGGCAAAUGUCUCCGGGAAAUGUAUACCACCCAUGAGGAUGUAGAGGUGGGAAGAUGUGUUUGGAGAUUUGCAGGUGUGCAGUGUGUUUGGUCAUAUGAGAUACAGCAGCUGUUUUACGAGAAUUAUGAACAGAACAAGAAAGGAUACAUUAGAGAUCUCCAUAGCAGUAAAACUCACCGAGCAAUCACUUUACAUCCCAACAAAAACUCACCUUACCAAUGCAGGCUACACAGUUACAUGCCCAGCCGCAAGAUUGCCGAGCUGCGCCAUCGCACAAUUCAGUUGCACUGGGAAAUCUUCCUUAUGAGCAAGUACAGCGGCACAGAGGUCCACAAGGAAGACCUCCAGCUGGGCGUCCCUCCCUCCUUUAUGCUCUUUCAAGCCCGCCAGCGAGAGGAGAUCCUGGAGUGGGAGUUUCUGACUGGAAAAUACUUACAUUCAGCCACUGACGGCAGGAGAGGGAUGGACUCGGCACAGAAGGAGGCCUUGGACCACAUCGUCAUGCAGGUGAUGGAGAUGAUCAACGCCAACGCCAAGACCUGAGGGCGCAUCAUCGACUUUAAGGAGAUCCAGUAUGGCUACCGGCGUGUGAACCCCAUGUACGGGGCCGAGUACAUCCUGGACCUGCUGCUCCUGUAUAAGAAGCACAAAGGGAAGAAGAUGACAGCCCCUGUGAGGAGGCAUGCGUACCUGCAGCAGACCUUCAGUAAGAUCCAGUUUGUGGAGCACGAGGAGCUGGAUGCGCAGGAGCUGGCCGACAGAAUCAACCAGGACUCCGGGUCACUGUCCUUCCUGUCCAAUUCCCUGAAGAAGCUCGUUCCCUUCCAGCUACCUGGGUCCAAGAUUGAGCACAAAGAGCCCAAAGAAAAGAAGAUAAACAUUCUGAUCCCUUUGUCUGGACGCUUUGACAUGUUUGCAAGGUUCAUGGGAAACUUUGAGAAGACAUGUCUCAUUCCAAAUCAUAACGUCAAGCUCGUAGUUCUGCUCUUCAAUUCUGACUCCAACCCCGACAAGGCCAAACAGGUUGAACUGAUGAGAGAUUACCGAGUCAAGUACCCUAAAGCUGACAUGCAGGUUUUACCUGUGUCCGGAGGGUUUUCAAGAGCGCUGGCCCUAGAAGUAGGAUCUUCCCAGUUUAAUAAUGACUCUUUGCUCUUCUUCUGUGAUGUUGACCUGGUAUUUACUGUGGAAUUCCUACAACGGUGUUGCGCAAACACAGUGCUGGGUCAGCAGAUCUAUUUCCCAAUCAUUUUUAGCCAGUACAAUCCAAAGAUUGUUUAUAGUGGGAAGGUUCCCAGUGACAACCAUUUUUUUUUUUUUUUUUUUGCCUUUACUCAAAAAACCGGCUUCUGGAGAAACUAUGGGUUUGGCAUUACUUGUAUUUAUAAGGGAGAUCUUGUGAGAGUGGGAGGCUUUGACGUCUCCAUCCAAGGCUGGGGUCUAGAGGAUGUGGACCUCUUUAACAAGGUUGUCCAGACCGGGUUGAAGAUAUUCAGGAGCCAGGAGGUUGGAGUCGUCCACAUCCACCACCCUGUCUUCUGUGACCCCAAUCUGGAUCCCAAACAGUAUAAAAUGUGCUUGGGGUCAAAAGCAUCGACGUAUGGGUCCACACAGCAGAUGGCCGAGAUGUGGCUGGAAAAGAAUGACCCCAGUUACAGCAAAAGCGGCAGUAACGGCUCUGCCAGGACAGCCUGA